AAGACAACAUGAACCAUGCUCAUUUUGUGAUUAUGGAUGGCUCUUCACUUCAUAAACUAAUCCACAUCGUGGUUACAUAAUGACUGAUAAAGAAUACAGUUUCUCCAGAGCUGGUGAACUAUUGGUUUUUAAUUUGUUACAGCACUUAAAUUUAAACUAAUGCCUGACCAUGUCCAUUCUGUCUGUUUGAUAACAGACCCUCCAGUUUGCAUUCAGUUUGCAUUGUCUCACGUAUUAAUCAUCAUUUGCAGCUUAUUAAAGAGCUGGAGCAUCUUCGUCAUUGCAUUACCACUCGCUGCCAGGUUGAGCCUUGUUUCCAGGGAAACAGAAAAUCAGAAGCUUUCAAUACGCUGAAAUCCAAAGACCUCCAUCUACAGCGGAGGCUUCUGGAAAACAAACCUACCUUCCUCAGCACCCACAGGAGAAGUAAAAGCUUCAGAAAAGAGAGAUAAAUAUUCCUUGGAUCUGAUACUUCUUGUUUUUAGGAUGUAGGAUGAAACAGAGAUACUAAUCAAUGCUAGGAAUAGAGAAAACGUGUACAACUCUGGGACGACACGAAAAUGCCAAGGAGAUGAACUCCACAUGAACAGAAGCUCAUGUACUCAUAUUCUCUUUUGGAAAAUCAGCUCAAAAAUUAACUCUGGUAUAAGUUAUACCUGUGUAGCCUUGUGAAGGACACCAUGAUGGAUAACAAACUGCCCGAAGCCUGCAAACAUACAAAAACUGUGGCCCUUGAAGAGAUCCAUGCUGACUCCCAGACCGCUGAGACGAAAGCUGGUCAGAUUCACUCAACAGUACUGAGUUGCUCAACAGUGGUGGUGGAUUUAAGCCCUGGAUCAGGCGAAGGACCCACACGUAGAGAACGCUUUAAAUCAGACUUGCAACAAGCCAGCCAAGAAAUCACAAUCCUGGUAACCAAUCAUGAGUCACCAGAGGCAGAAAUGGAGGAAGCUGAGUGGACUGGAGAAAGUGACACCAAUCCUGAGUGUAUGGUGCCAAGUGAGGAGGAUAGUCUGGAUGUAUCCAUGGUGGUGGCAGACUUAAUAGAACUCAGCCAAAUGCAACAGACCUGUUUGAUCAGCAAUAGUUCAGCAGAGCAAAGCACCAGUUCAGACUUACCCAACACUGAUGGAUGCAGAGGGAGCCACAAAGGAGAAACACAAGUUAAAAGUCAACAUGAGACUACAGACUCUGAAGCCAACAAAUCCCAAUCUGCAGAGGGAGUCAUUUCAUCUAAUUCGGAGGAUCUUAAGAGGUCAGAAAAAACACUGAGCAAUGUGACACUAAAGCAAGGGAAAUCCUUGGAGAAGAGCGACUCAGAAGGGGACAUAUUACCCAGGCAACAACAGCACAUACAGACACAGGUCAGCCUUGAGGUUGUAUACCACUCAGCAGCCACCAGCCCCAUGACCCCCCCAGAAGGUUCCUCUACUUUCUUCUUCCCGUACAGUCUUAACAAGCUGGGCAAAGGUGAAAGGAGUGAAUUGGAUUCAGUGGAAACAAAGGAUGCCGAGCUCCAGGUUGGCAUGCAAAUGGAGUACCGGUCAGUUGCCACAGCUCCCAUGACACCCAUUUCAACAAAUGCACCCGAAUUGCCAGUAGAGACUCGUUCAGUUGCCACAGCUCCCAUGACCCCUGUGGCUACAAAUGCACCAAAGCUACUGGUAGAAACUCGUUCAAUUGCCACAGCUCCCAUGACUCCCAUUACAAAAAUCGCACCCGAACUACAGGUAGAGACUCGCUCAGUUGCCACAGCUCCCAUGACUCCCAUUGCAAAAAUCGCACCCGAACUACAGGUAGAGACUCGCUCAGUUGCCACAGCUCCCAUGACUCCCAUUGCAAAAAUCGCACCCGAACUACAGGUAGAGACUCGCUCAGUUGCCACAGCUCCCAUGACUCCCAUUGCAACAACUGCACCUGAACUAUCUGUCGAAACCCGAUCAGUUGCUACAGCUCCCAUGACACCCAUAGCAACAACUGCACCUGAACUAUCAGUAGAGACCCGAUCAGUUGCUAUAGCUCCCAUGACCCCUAAAGCAACAACUGCACCCGAACUAUCGGUAGAUACCCAAUCUGUUGCUACAGCUCCCAUGACCCCCAUAGCAACAACUGCACCCAAACAAUUAGUAGAGACCCGAUCAGUUGCUACAGCUCCCAUGACACCUAUAGCAACAAUUGCACCUGAACUUUCAUCAGAGACCCAAACAUUUGCUACAGCUCCUAUGACACCCAUUGCAACAGCUGCACCAGGACUAAAAGUUGAGACUAGCUCAGUUGCCACUGCUCCCAUGACACCCAUUGUUACAGCUGCACCUGAACUACAAGUAGACACUCGUUCAGUUGCCACAGCUCCCAUGACACCAUCAGCAACAACUGCACCUGAACUACAAGUAGACAGUCAUUCAGUUGCCACAGCUCCCAUGACACCAUCAGCUACAACUGCACCUGAAGUACAAGUAGGGACCUGCUCAGUUGCGACAGCUCCCAUGACACCAUUAGCAACAAGAGCACCUGACCUACAGGUUGAGACUCAUUCAGUUGCCACAGCUCCCAUGACACCCAUAGCAACAGUCGCACCAGGGCUGCAAAUAGAGACUCGCUCUGUUGCAACAGCUCCCAUGACACCUAUAGCAACAAGUGCACCAAUGUUACUGAUACAAACAUGCUCAGUUGGCACAGCCCCCAUGACCCCUGUUGCAACAACUGCACCUGAACUUCAGAUUGAGACUCGCUCAGUGGCCACAGCUCCCAUGACACCCAUUGCAAGAACUGCACCUGACCUACAGGUAGAGACUCGUACUGUUGCCACAGCUCCCAUGACCCCCAUAGCAACAAGGGCACCUGAGCUACGAGUAGAAACACGUUCAAUUGCCACAGCUCCCAUGACACCCAUAGCAACAAGGGCACCUGAACUACGGGUAGAAACCCGUUCAAUUGCGACAGCGCCCAUGACACCCAUAGCAACAAGGGCACCUGAGCUACGGUUAGAAACCCGUUCAAUUGCCACAGCUCCCAUGACACCUAUAGCAACAAGGGCUCCUGAGCCAUGGGUAGAAACUCAUUCAAGUGCCACAGCUCCCAUGAGUCCUAUCAUCUUAAGCUCACCUGAGCUGAUCCCAGAGCCAGAGCCAAGAGCCAUGUCAGGUUCAGAGGAACCACCUGAGCCAGUCCAGGAAGUGUGUUGGGAUGAAAAAGGCAUGACAUGGGAAGUCUAUGGUGCCAUGGUUGAGGUAUCAGUCCUGGGCUCGGCAAUCCAGAAGCACCUGGAGAAACAGGUUCUGAAGAAGCAAAUGAAACCCUAUGAUUCCUCGUCCAAUCAAACUUUGCCUCCAAACACUACAGACACUUCCACUCCUGUUCCUUCCACCCCACCUGCAUUGUCAGCAUCCAGCCGGUGUAGCUCAGCAAAAGGUAGCAGGAAAAAGGAUGACAGAAAAGGAACAAGAGGCAGACAAAGGCGGAAUCCUAUUCGCUCAUUUUUCAGAAGGCCAAACUGCUGCUCCCGGGUACAUUCCGAGUAGACAUAAGGAAGAGACAGUGCUUUGAAAUUGCAAUAGUAAGAGAUUUAAAUCAGGGGAACUGAAAACAGUCCAAUUUUUUGAGUACUGGAAUGAACAUAUAGAUUUCGUCAACUGAUAAAGUCCCUCUGACUGGGAAGCACUCCCCAGUGAUAUGAUGUUUUUUAAUGAUUCUUUCUUACUAUGCUUUAAUUUAUGAUGUAAUACUAAAAUAUUUUUGAAAGGAUUAUGAAGCACUUCAAAUGAUUGUUGAAAGGUCUUCAGGAUUGCAUCGCAUGUCCAGCUACACUGAUUUAAUACUUCUGAGUAUUUCAAUGACGCAACUUUCACAGACAUUUCCAGUGCUGGAUCUAGCUUCAACAGAGAGUCAAAUUCCCAGCAUCCUGGAAAUCCUGGACCAUAAGAGUGUGACUUUUUUGUACAAACUGGGAUCAGGCAUUCUGUGAAACAUUAACAAGCAGACAGCAGCCUCUAAACAUGGUUACCCCUUGUGGGAUGGGGCAAGUCCUAGCCUGCACACUUGUACAUUGUUACUUAACUUGCAGUUGGGGGAGAAGCCUACAGAGUUGCGUUCUAUAUCUACUAAAUAGUAUAUCUACUUUCCUAGAAAAAGAGACUUUCUUUAGUGGCAUUUGGAUAUUUUGUAUAUUUCAGGGCUCUCCUUGAAACCCUUUUUGGUAGAGGAACUGACUUUCAGUUAAACUGAAGGACCCUUAAGGGUGUCAGAUCUAACCCUGGAAGUGUAAUUAGCUUAGAGUUAGAUGAUUAUACAAGUGCAUAGACAAUCCUAUCCUUUUUUGCUAAGCAGUUAUUUUUAUUGCAUUUCAGCCUUUCGCAUUAUUUUCUGAAAGUUUCCCAGGUUGAAAUGUCUCUUUAGUCUCUGUUCACUCUACCAAGUGAUGUCUGGUGACUGCUCAUUGUCUAGGUACAUGCACUGAACAGAUCUGUGAAUAGCAGUGACAACAGUGAAUGACAAAAGCACCUACAUUCCAGUGUAGAUCUUUCCAAAAAGAUUUUCUCACUCUAUCUAAAUUGUAGGUUUGAAUGCAACAAGCCCAAACGACUGGCGGAAGAGAUUCCUCUGACCGAUCCAGUGGUCCGCUAAAUCUUCAUUUCCUCACUCACAGUAUUAGUUCCUACUUACAAUUACAUCACAUGUUCUGUUGGAGGUGCAAAACUGUACUAUUAUUUCAUCAUUUCCAGUCAUAUACGACUUUUCGUUAAACGUGUAUCGAGACAUUAUGAAGAAAGAUAAAGCUUGAAAGCAGGUAGCAGAGAUGAUUGUGACGUUUCCUCUUGUACAUGCAUGUGGCUAGUACAGUUUGCUUGCUUUGCUAAUCUGCCUAUGAAUUUAAUUUGAACUGAUUCAUUAAAUAUUUAAUUUGUGUUUAAUUAAUUUGUUUUAGAAGCUAAAUGUGCUAGGUAUGAUUGUUUCUCAGAAUGCUGGACAGGCCACGCCCACUACAGGCAACAAUAGCAGUCACUACACACCCAUAAGAGAUGAACAAAAGACUUGUUGCUUGCUAGUGUGAACACAGGGCACAUGUUGUGUAAUACUUUUUCAAUCAGAUUUAUCUGAACAUAUCUAAGAUGCUUUUAAGAAUCACUAUUUAUUUAAAGAAAAAAGAAAAAAAAAAGGAAAUGUAAAUGCUCCUGGACAAAAGAUGGAUUUCACAAAAAUGGACUUGGAUAUGGAAUUGACUCUAGACUGAUUUUGUGGAAACCUGAGCAAUUUAUUAAUAUGCUUUUUUCAAACAGCCUUCGUUUCUCAGACCAUGUUUCUAUAGUCAUACUGUAAUGUGCUUCUGCUGAUUGUCUUGCAUUCAAUUACAAAGAUGCAUUUUUUUGUAGAAAUAGUAUUGUAUUUUAUUAUAGGCAUCACAAGCAUACACAUUGCUCCAUUACUUCAUUAAUCACAUCAAGCUCACUCAUAAAACUGUUAUACAUACACACCUUAAAAUCACAGAAAUAAAUUAUGAUUUAAAAUAUUUACAUUGCUACUACUUUAAAAAUUAAUAAAGCGGCUCCCCAUGCAAUACAAAUGGCCUGUGUAUCUUCCACUUUAAAAUGUAUUCAUUUUAAUGUACUCAGUGGCCAAGUUAAAGUAAUAUUAAAGAAAUAAAAUAAAAUUUUGGAAUGAAAUGAUUAAUGAUUAUCAGCAUAUUAAUAGCACUUGUGUGCUUCUAAGGAAUCAUUAAUGCUUAAAAAGUUAUGCUAAGAAAGUAGAGAUAAGACUCAAAUCU